AUGCCAGAAGCUACCAUGCCCCACAAGCGGGUGUUGGUCGAUACGACCCAUAAUGCCCGUAACGGCGUCGAAUCUUCGAAUGCGCUAAAAAAACGAAAGCUAGAAAGCCAACCUUCAUCCCAGCUCAAGCCGCCCGGGCAACAAUUUCAGAGAAAGGGGUUUGGCUCUACUCAGCCACAGAAGAGUCAGUUCGAGGAGGAAGUACUGGAAAAAUUCACACAGGACAUCGGCGACUUGAAAGGGAGCAACGCGGAAAAGGACCAACAGUGGGAACGCCCAGCGCUCCGUGAAUGGGACCCCGCAAAGGAAAACGUUUGCUUCCAGCAGAUCGAUGCGGAAGAAGGGCGACUUCCUCGGGGAGAUGUGAUGGCUGUCCGACUUUUUGGUGUUACAGAGGCGGGACAAUCUGUUUUGCUUCACGUCACCGGAUUCCAGCACUACCUUUACAUCGCUGCGCCCGUAGGUUUCGAUAAGGAGGAUUGUGAUCCAUACAGAGCUUUCCUGGAAACGAAAAUGGCACAGUCCGGAAGAGUCAUUGAGAAGGUAGAGAUCACACUACGGGAGAAUAUCUAUGGCUACCAAGGAAAUAAGAAGAGCUGGUAUCUCAAGAUCACGGUGGCCGAUCCUAGGAGCAUUGCAAAGGUGCGCUCUAUACUCGAGAGCGGUGGCUCUGGAAUGAACUACAAGGGCAUGUGGAGCAAUAUGGACGCGGGCCUUCUUACUUUCGACAAUAUCCAAUAUCUUUUGCGUUUUAUGAUUGAUACCGGGCUAUCCGGCAUGGCCUGGGUUGAGGCAAAGGCAGGGAAAUACACCCUUCUCAACGAGCAAGAUAAGCUAUCAAACUGUCAAAUUGAAGCUAUCGUCGACUACCGUGAUAUGAUCGCCCAUCCACCAAACGGAGAUUGGGCGAAAAUGGCACCCCUACGUGUUUUGUCGUUCGAUAUUGAAUGUGCUGGUCGCCAGGGUAUUUUCCCGGAACCGAACGUGGACCCAGUAAUUCAAAUCGCGAAUGUUGUUACACGAUACGGAGAACAAAAGCCUUUUAUUCGAAAUGUCUUUUGUCUCAAUGAGACAAGUCUGAUCGUCAACACUCAGGUCUUGGAAUUUCAAAAAGAGGACGAGAUGCUGAUGGCAUGGCGAAAUUUCGUGGAGAAGGUCGACCCUGAUGUGAUCAUUGGAUACAACAUUGCAAACUUCGAUUUUCCUUAUCUUCUUGAUCGUGCCAGACACCUCAAGUGUCUGAAUUUCCCAUAUUGGACUCGAGUGAAGGCCAUGAAGACAGAGGCAAAAGAGUCCAGUUUCUCUAGCAAGCAGAUGGGAAACCGAGAAACCAAAGCCACAAACACCAAUGGUCGAAUUCAACUUGAUUUACUUCAACUAGUGCAACGAGAUCACCAGCUGCGAAGUUACACCCUAAACUCGGUGUCCUACGAGUUCCUGAAAGAACAGAAAGAAGAUGUCCAUCACACCAUGAUCACGGAAUUGUUCAAUGGCACGCCGGACUCUCGACGACGAUUGGCAGUAUACUGCUUAAAGGAUGCCUAUUUGCCGCAAAGAUUGAUGGACAAACUAAUGUGUCUGGUCAACUACACCGAAAUGGCCAGAGUUACGGGCGUUCCUUUCAACUUUCUCCUUUCGCGAGGCCAGCAAGUCAAAUUCAUCAGUCAGUUGUUCCGAAAGGCCCUUGAACAACAGCUCGUCAUUCCAAACCAGAAAAGCCAAGAUGAGCAAGACUACGAAGGUGCCACGGUUAUUGAGCCCAAACGUGGAUACUAUGGUGUACCCAUUGCCACCCUUGAUUUUGCGUCGCUAUAUCCGUCUAUCAUCCAAGCACACAAUCUUUGUUACACAACUCUCCUUAACAAAACUGCCAUCGAGAAAAUGGGACUUAAAAAGGACGACGACUACAUCGUCACCCCGAACGGAGACAUGUUCUGCACGACAAAACUUCGCAAGGGUCUUCUGACACAAAUUCUGGAGGAGCUGCUAGGCGCACGUAAACGUGCAAAGAAGGAACUGGCUACCGAGACUGAUCCGUUCAAAAAGGCCGUGCUGAAUGGUCGACAGCUUGCCUUAAAGGUUAGCGCAAACAGUGUGUACGGUCUCACUGGAGCGACAGUUGGCAAGCUUCCUUGUCUUCCCAUUGCCAGUAGUACAACCAGUUACGGUCGUCAAAUGAUUGAGAAAACCAAGCAAGAGGUUGAAGAACGGUAUACCAUUGCCAAUGGUUAUUCUCACGAUGCUCAGGUCAUUUAUGGUGAUACUGAUUCCGUCAUGGUCAAGUUUGGAGUCACUGAGCUGGCUGAUGCGAUGAAACUUGGCGAGGAGGCAGCGGAAUUUGUUUCAUCCAAGUUCGUCAAACCCAUCAAACUGGAGUUCGAAAAAGUGUAUUUCCCAUACCUUUUGAUCAACAAGAAGCGAUAUGCCGGUCUUUACUGGACCAAUACCAAGAAGCAUGACAAGAUGGAUACCAAGGGUAUUGAGACUGUGCGACGUGACAACUGUCUGCUUGUUCAAAAUGUCAUCGAGACGGUAUUGAACAAAAUUCUCAUUGACCGAGAUGUCGAUGGUGCCCAAGAAUAUGUCAAAUCAACCAUUUCGGAUCUCCUUCAGAACAAAGUCGAUAUGUCAAAGCUGGUCAUUACCAAGGCCUAUGCGCAGAAAGAGUAUACGGCGAAGCAAGCACACGUUGAACUUGCCAAGCGCAUGCACAAGCGCGACGCUGGUUCCGCCCCUGCCCUCGGUGACCGUGUGGCCUACGUGAUGAUUCGUGGUGCUACAAAUUCCAAAAACUACGAAAGAGCGGAAGAUCCUAUCUACGUGUUGGAAAACAAUGUUCCUAUUGAUACCAAGUACUACCUCGACAAUCAACUUGCAAACCCCCUUGGUCGUAUUUUCGAGCCUAUCCUGGGUGAGAAGAAGGCCAAUCAACUCCUGAACGGCGAGCACACUCGAUCCAUCUCCGUUGCUGCCCCUAGCUUGGGUGGUCUCAUGAAGUUCGCCAAAAAGACUCAAACUUGCAUGGGCUGCAAGAAGCCGCUGUCGGGCAAAGAAGAGAUGGCCGGUGCCGUUUGCGAAAACUGCCAACCGCGUCUUGGAGAGCUUUACACGAAGACCCUCAACAAAGUUUCGGAUUUGGAGGUUCGAUUUGGUCGUUUGUGGACCCAGUGCCAGCGAUGCCAGGGCAGUCUUCACUGUGAGGUCAUCUGCUCAUCACGCGAUUGUCCCAUUUUCUACAUGCGCAUGAAGGCGAAGAAGGAUGUUGAGGACUCCCAGAAGGAGCUGACUCGAUUUGACUUUGAUGCUGGAUCGUGUCGACGGGUGGAUCCUCUUGGCGCGGAGAAGCUUCCAUCCCCGCCGAUCUUCAAGAUUCCCGACUUCUUCGAUCCUUUCAUAAUGAUUUCCCCAGCCUCUAGCACCAUGAACCCUCCCAGAGACCAGAGCCAGACGAAUCAGAACUCCACUCUCAAUGAAUCAGCCACAAACGAAUCUCCAAUCCCUUGGCCAGAGAUCUUCGCUCGUCAUGAAACAGUUCUAUCAUCACACCUUCAGAUGCUCGAAGAGGUGAAAGGUCACAUUGCUGACGGCGAAGCCCUUCGAACCGUAUCUGCGAUGCUCAGCAAGACAGUCCAAGCGAUGAACCAGCUCAAGAUUGUUCGAAAACAAACUUUAAACAAGCAAAGCUCGAACAAUCCGUUUCAAUCUGCUUCCUCGCCUUCCAAAAGAUACCCAGAAACCACAACUCCACAAUCCACAGACACCGAAUAUCUCACCAAGCGGAAGCGAUUGCGCACUCAAAACGAUCUCGAGCCCAAUAUCCCCACCGACCAGCCCGAUGAUGCUUAUUCUCAUGCCCCCAGCCACAAAUUUGACACACAUCUCCACCAAGCCGCAGAAUAUCCAUAUGACUCCAACGAGACAGAAGACAUAUCUGAAGAAGUGCGGCGACGACUGCGAAUCAAGGAAGAGAAACGCAGGAAGAAGGAAAACGCGCAUCCAGAGAAGCGCAAGCGAGACAGCCUGAUCUCGAACGAUGGUACGUCGGCGGCCUCGUCACGACCCCCAAAAAAGCGCGCCAGAGUAGAGGAUGAACGUGGGUCGGUGAACGGGUUGUCUGGAUCCAGGCCCGAUGGAGGCCGAGCAAAGAGGAUGAAGAGGGGACGAUAA